AUGGAGAGUUCUAGUUCCAAAUGCAACAGGAAGGUCAUUGAGGUUUCUGAGAGUGCCUCAAACAAGUCUAAAGGUGGAGAAAGUGCGCAGAAGCAGAAGUUAAAUCAAGACAUGAUUGACCAAAUGAGCUCACCAGGAGCCAAAUCCCGAAGAUCUAAGGCUAACUUGCCUAUCCGUGACCAAUUAGAAGAUGAUUUUGAGGAGAUUGAUAAGAAAGACUUCAAGUUGGACAUUCAGGGCAUGAAUGACAUUUUCAACAAAUUAAGAUAUGAUCCAGAUGAUGAGGCAAUGUGUUUGUGGGCCCUCUAUCCUCUGAAUAAGAGGCCUAAGAUUAUAGAUGUGGACAAGGCCUUCAGUCACAUGAUGAAGUUAAAGGUUGGUGAAGUGGAUCCCAUGGUCACAACGGAUAUGGGAAUUGACAUUUCCAAAUUAAAUAAGGCACAAAUGAAGAUGUUGGUAAGAGAGACAGGGAAAUACAAGUCAUUGUAUGAGGAAUGCUUGAGAAGUAAAGGCCAGCCUGUACCCCAAACAAUAGAUGAAUCAAAACUAAAAAACAAGUUUGAGGAAUUGCAUAAAGAGAAAAAGAAGUUGAAGGAGAAAAUGCAAAACAUAAGGGCAGACACAACAUGUGUCUUACUAUCAAAGAGGUUUGAAAAGAUAAAUGGAGUUCUUGAAGACUUCUGGAUAGUUUACCAAAAGAAUAUGGAUAAUAGUUUAUCACAUAAGAUACUUUCUGACAGAUUACAUAUGCUCCUGGAGGAUAAGAAGGCUGGUCAGAUGGACAAUGUAGUUAUUGAAAAAAUUCAGAGGUUGAUGAAAAAACAUGAGAAGUUUGAUGUAGCCUUGAAGGUUGAAUAUGAUGAUUGUCAGGAAAUUAUGCAGCACAGUAUUUCAAAGGUGAUGGAUGAAGUAGGGCAGAUUAAGGACAAGAAUGUAUGGAUUACAGAAUGUAAUAAUAGAGGUAACAAUGGUAAUAAUGGAAAUUAUGGUAAUAAUGGAAAUUGUGGUAACAAUGGUAAUGGAAAUAAUGGAAAUGGAAAUAACAACAAUCAAAAUGGUGGUGGAGGUAAAAAUGGAAACAAUUGUAAUAAUGGAGGUAAUGGAAAGUAUCAAAAUAACAACUAUGGGUGUAGACCACCUAUGACCAUUGAAUGGUAUAAACAGUUGGAUUUCAGUGGGAUAGUUGGAUAUCUGAAUCAAAUUUCAAGUGAUUUAAGGUCAGCCAUCCCUAAGUUCACAGGCAAUGGAAUGGAUUCUGCAAAGCAACAUGUAAUAAAUGUAAAAAAUACCAUUGAAGAGUUUCAAAUCUCUUAUGAAGAUGUUUUUAUGAAAUUGUUUGUUCAAUCUCUAACAGAGGAUGCGGGUGAAUUGUAUAGAAAUCUUCCUGACAGAUGUAUCGAUAGCUGGCAAGAAAAAACUCACUGUGAGAUUUUAUCUCAUAGGCCUAUCACCUUGCAACAAGCAUUUAAGAUGGCCACUACCAUUGAAAAUAAUAGAAAAGCUACUAGGAGAAUUGGCAAGAGAGAUGAUGCAAAAUUACAUAAUCCCAGAGCUACAAAGAAGGAUGAGCUUAGCCAAAUAAUGGGCAUGCUGAAAGAUAUGAAGGAACAAUGUAUGAUUGAUCAAGGUUUUGUAGAAGAAAAGGACCAUGAGGAUGAGUAUGAGCCCACAGUGAAUGUACUUUCAUUAGAUCAAUUUUGUGGUAGGGAUGAGGAUUCAUCCGAGGAGGAACAGUCAUCAUAUGUACAAUGGAGGAGGGAGAGCCAGUAG